AUUGAGAGAUGAAAACUUUGUGUUUCCAUGAAUGAGCUCAAUCUAAUUCUCAAUCUGUCUCACUAAUUACUGUUUAUAUUAUUCAUUUGAAAUGAAUUCAAUAUUAUUAUCAUUGAUUGCUGGAUUCGUUUUAGAUCAACCUAAUUACACGUAACCUGUUUUCUUCAUGAUAUUAUCCUGAAUCAUCACAUCGUUUUUAAAUUACAUCAAGUGCUCUUCAGUUUCUUCCUCCCUUAUUUGGUUCAAUUUGAUUCUCGGUUGAUAAACUUUCCUCUCACAUCCAGUUGAAUUUCAUUCACUUUGAAUCUAUGAUCUAUUUCCUGUGUGAUUGAACUUAAUCAUUAGUGAUUCAUGAACCUGUGUUUGUUUAUCAUAAUAGAAUGUAACUGGUUAAUCAUUUCCUUUUCCAUCUCUCAAGAAUCUCAUGUACAUGUAUGAAUCUAAAACUUGGUCCAUUGUGAUACUUGGAUAAUCAGUUCGUUAAUCUACUGGACAAACCAAUUUUCUUGGUGAUUAUUUCAUCAAUCGAUUAAUCUGGAUGAAAGCAACAAGGAGAUAUAAACCUUUACGCAAACAUGAUAACAAUUUAUUAUGUAGUUUUACCAAUUUAGCCAUUCUCACUUCAGCUUUUCCUUUGGGUGGUUUCCUAUUCUGUGUAUUCUGGUCUCUAAUAUUUAAUUUUCACGAAUCGACAUCAACCCAUUGUCAGGUUUCCAAUUAUCUGCCAUCAAUUAGUGCAGCGGUUGGAUCAUAUUCACCUCAGAAAUAUGUUUGGCGUUUCUGUAUCGCGAUACACUCAGCACCAAGAUAUUUAAUCGCUUACAUGUAUUAUAACCUCGUACAUGGAUCAUUGAUCAUUUAUCUUGUUAAUCUGGUUGAAGUUUCAAGUCUAAUUGGAUUGACAUUCAUUUCAUCAACUGAAAAUAACUUUCUUCAUGCUUCCAGUUUCGCUCUUUUCAUCAUAACUGGAUUCAUCGGAAUGACUCUGGUCACUGAUUUUUCAUUCAAUUCAAAGAAAGUUAAAUCCCUCAUGGUUUACAUUAAUCUGAUCUCAACCGGAUUAGCAAUCUUCUUCUUUUACAAACAUAAUUCGUACUGUGAACCCGGUGUGUACACGUUAUUUGCUCUAAGCGAAUACAUAGUUGUCAUUACGAACAUCGUUUUCCAUUUCCAGGCUUAUUAUGAUUUCAAAGAUUAUGACAUCGUUUUGGUCAAUCGAUUAUCUUUGGCUCAAUCCUAAUAUUUUAUACACCAAAUAUUUUACAUAUUUAAACCAAGAAUCUAAUUAUUAUGAGUCUCAUUAAGAAUCAAUUUCUAUUUAUACACAAUAAGCAAUUAAUCUCGAUGUAAACAAAACUUAUAUAUCUUAUAUUACCAAAGACAAAGUCAAUAAUAAAUUAAUAAUUUAAAUGAAGAA